AUGAUUGACGAAUACGGCGUUAAAAUUAAGGAAGACUGCGCAAGAAUUGAUGGUUUACUACAAAGAAGCAGCGGCACUGUCAAAAGCAACUGCCGGAAGCUCCAGGGUCGUGCCAGACUUCAGUAUCUGAGUAGCAUUAGAAAAAUUGCUAUUCGUCAAGAUGAAUUAAUUAACGUGGGACUCAUAGAAGAAGAACUAAAUAUAACCAAAGAAAAUGCAAGAGGGUUACUAAAAGAAAAUGAGCAGCUGCAAAAGCGUUGCGAAGAACUACACACGGAACUUCAAAGUGCACUUCAGACCAAGAAGGAGGUUGAAAACAAACUGGAUGAUGUUGAAAAUAACUAUGAAACAAUUUUAAGCAAAAACAAGGACCUGAGAGAAUAUAUUGACAGAAUGCCAAUAGUAAAGAACAGUGGCAAAGUGGUUUCUGAAGUUGGAGAAAGGCAGCAACGAAGAAAACUAAAAGAGCUAAAAACUCAAGUGGAACGAACUUUGUGGUUUGCAGAAACCUAUGGCUUAAGUCUAGAUUCAGUAAGCCUUACUGACCAGAAGGAAGUCACCCACACCUUAACAUUUAGCAGGGAUGACAAGAAACAAUUCAAAGAUCUCCCUCAAGAGGAAAAGGAUAAAAUAAAACAAAUCCUUUUCAUCCAGGACAAAUUUUCCAUAGGGGACGCAGCCUACCAUGAACUGACCAUGACACAGACAGGGGAGGCACUGCCCAGGUCAUACUUAAUAAGGCAGUGCAAAGAGUCAUUGAAUGGACUUAUUCACAUAGAGCGGACACCAGGGAAAGCGGAAGGUGCCCAACUAAAUUUCCAGGAUGAGCUCUGUAGCACAAUCCAUGAACAUGUAAGUACUAAAAGUUUUUUUUAAGUUUUAAAUGAUUACUAAAAAUAACUAUAAUAAAUGUAACUAUAAUAACUACUAAUCAUUUCUUUUCUAAUUCACAAAGAUGAGGAAACAUGCUACAACAGAUGAAAUGGACCAGCCUCUAAAAUAUAAAGUAAAGCUGAGUGGGGAUGGUGCCAAAAUGACACGGCUUACAGGCUUUGUUGUUAUGUCAUUCUCACUUCUGGAUGAUGAAGAUGUUGUAAUGUCUUCAAAAGGUUAGUUCAAAACACUUGAAAAGAGAAAUAUGUAUAUUUAUCAUCAAAUUCUCAUAAAUUUAUGUUACUUUUUUUCUAGUUUGUUAAUUAAGUCAAAAUAUACAUGACAAAAAAUUAUUGUGCAUAUGCAUCAAUUGGACACUGGUUAUUUUUAAUUUACAUAUGUACACCAGGGAAUCACACUGUGGCAGUAAUUAAAGGAAAAGAAUCCUAUGAACUUCUGCAAACAUCAUGUGCCAGGAUCUUUGCUGAUGUGAACAGGAUUGUGAAAGAUGGAAAAAUAGAGGUGGAUGGAAAAGAGAUAGCAAUUGAAAUGCACCUUGGAGGAGACUACAAGGUAACCUUUUUUGGAGGUAGGGGAUAACCUGUUAGCCCACCUUCCAUUACCCAUGCCUCCAAUGUUUAACUUGACUUAUGAUAAAAAUGUAUGUUAUAUAUUUUUUUUGCAGUUUCUGUUACUUGUACUAGGAUUGAAGGGAGCAACAUCAGAUUAUGCCUGCAUCUAG